AUGAGUAGGGACAGGUUCCAGGAGCUUCAUAUGCGUGUGCGAUUCCAUGGAAAUCAGGAACAAGGCCCGUACGAGAAGGUUGAAGCCUUAAGUACACACAUUCAAGAGGUUAAUUUGGGAGUUUGGAAGCCUGGACGGGACUUGGCAAUCGAUGAGAUAAUC